UCUUCUCAAAUUCCCAAAGAAUAAAAGCACAAUUCUCUUUGAGCCUAAUUCAAUAAAAUGGAUCUCUCCGAAAUUUUCGGUUUCUUGAUAAUCCUAAAAGAAACCCUAAAAAUCCUCCCGAAAAAUGGGAAACUCGUGGCAUCAAUCGCCUUUCUUUCACUCCUCCUACCUUCAGUCCUCUUCUUGUCAUUCGUUUACUUCUACCAAUCCCUCACCGCUUAUGUGUUCGCUUCUUACACAGACCCCGAAUAUUCCGAUAGUGAUAACCACGUGGUGAAAUACUUGGCACUUCUUCUUGCAGUCGAAAUCGCCUUCUUGUUAAUUUUUGUCAUAAUAUCCAGCUUAUCCAGCACGACAACUAUCCUCGUAUCGGCAUAUUCUUACACCGGCAAGAAAUUAGAUCCGAAAGAUCUUUUCUCGAGCAUCAAACGAACAUGGAAGAAACCCUUCUCUAGAAGAUUAUAUUCAUCAUCAUCGUCGUUAUCGUCACGUUUUCUUUCGAUCGCCGUCGUCUUAGCUAUUUUCUUAGUAUUCAUGUAUCCCAAUUUUAUGACAAUUUGUGCAUUCGUUAUUUUCGGGGUGAUUGUUUUUAUUUUCCAGCUGUAUUCGUCGGUUGUCUACGUUUUGUCGGUUGUGGUCUCAAUUGUGGAAGAUAGUUCGGGAGUGGAGGCGUUGGGGAAGGCCGAAAAGCUCGUUAAGGGGGGCCAGCGCCUCCAUGGAUUCACGCUCAACUUGUUCUUCAAUCUGGUGGCGGCGUCGGUUCUAAUAUUGCCGUGUUUAUAUUAUUAUAUCCGUAAAUUGUACGUGAAUAAUGUGAUGAUUUAUUACGGGUUGUUCUUCUUGAAUUUCGUCUCCUUGUUCAACAUGGUUGUUUCUAUGGCGUACACGGUGUUUUAUUUCCGGUGUAAGAAGCACCACGGCGAAGAAGAAGAUGAAGAAGAAGAGAUAGAUAUAACUAUUAAAGUUGGAGAUUUGCAAUACACUAAAUUACCUGUUUUGAGUAGUGAUGAUAUUCACUGAGGGUUUUGGCUUAUAUAGUAUUUACAUACACUCUUUGAUUUUCACUGAGUGUAUAUUUACCGUUGAUCUACACACACCAAUGUGGGUGUGUCUGUAUUUGUGUGUUUAUUAAUCAUGAUCAUAUAUCUGCUAUAUAAUUUGGUU